GCUGGGGGUGUUUGCCCUGAUGUUAGGGGGCAUCCUUAUUCCUGUGCGGAUGAUGCACGCGGAGUAUGAUAAAAUCACGAGGUACAGAAGAGUGGUUGCUUUAAGCAACUGUUUUGGAGGAGGUGUAUUCCUGGCCACCUGCUUCAAUGCUUCUUUCAGUUAGAGCAAAGGUUGACAGUGUUCUGGAAACGUUAAAACCCACCAAUCACUACCCUCUGGCAGAGACGAUGAUGAUGAUUGGGUUUUUCCUCACAGUAUUUGUGGAACAGGCCGUGCUUACUUUCCGCAAGGAGAAGCCCUCGUUUAUCGACCUGGAGACGUUUAAUGCUGGUGUCUCGGCAGCGGGGAGUGACUCUGAGAAUGAUGCUCCAUUCAUCGCUCCCGCCCGAGGUUCCAGAGACCACCAGUACCAUUCCCAUCACCACGGACACUUCCACCCUACAGAGCUGACACAUGCUGGGCCGUUGAGAUUAGCUAGCCUGGUGCUAGCGCUGUCCGCUCACUCUGUCUUUGAGGGUCUCGCUUUGGGCCUUCAGAAAGAGGGGGCUGAACUCGGAACGCUCUUCAUUGGGGUGGCCAUCCACGAGACGCUGGCAGCCUUGGCUCUGGGGGCAUCUCCACGGGAUGCCGGUAAACUGGCCGUAACAGUGAGCCUAAUGAUUCCUCUGGGCAUCGGGAUUGGAAUGGGUAUUCAGACGGUCCAGCACCUGGCGGAAAGUAUUUUAUCUGUAGUGCUCCAGGGCCUGGCAGCCAGCACGUUCCUCUUCGUCACGUUCUUUGAGAUCCUCUCUCGAGAGCUGGAGGAUAAGCACGACAGGCUACUGAAGGUGCUGUUUCUUGCACUGGGCUACAGUGUACUAGCAGGGCUCAUCUUCACCACAUUGUAAAAGGGGUUCAAAAUGUAACAUUUUAUAAAACUGUGUACUGCUCUUCUAGAGCACUAUCUGUCAAACAUUAUAACCAAUGGUUUCUGUAAAUCUACUGUAUAACUUUUCAUAUUUUAUAGAGCUUAUGUUUUCAAACUUUUUGACGCCAAUGACCACAAAAUAUGAAGAUUAUAUGUUAUUUAUAUUAUUUAUAUUUACAAAAACAGCUGUAAUGACCUCUCUCUCUCACUAUAUAUAUCAUAUAUGAUCAUUAACGUGUGAUUAAUAUAUUAAGUGUCAUAUUGUACAGACAAAAUGUUUCCAAAAAUUAAAUAACUAACUUUAAUGCUGUCAUUGUACUAUGCCAAAAAUUACAAUUUUUACUUUGUAUCUAAUUUGAUAUUUAAUAUAAAAUUAAAAUCUAAAAUUUUAAAUCUAUUUUUUAAUCCCUUACUGUUUAAAACAGCUGCAACUAGAAAUAAACUAGAAAUAAAGAUGAAUUUCAUCUUAUAAAUAAUUAGGAAAUCAUAAUAUCAUAUUUGGUAAAUAAAUAAAUACAUAAAAAAUAGUGUGUUAAAGGGGAGAGUUCACCCAAAAAUGAAAGUUACCCUAUGAAUUACUCACCCUCAAACCAUCCUAAGGUGUAUAUGUGGAGUAUUGUUUAUGAUGGAUGGAUGCACUUUAUUUUGGUUCAAAAGUUUGACCACUAUUCACUGCCAUUAUAAAGCUUGGAAGGGCCAUGACAAUUUUUAAUAUAACUCUGAUUGUAUUCACCUGAAAGAAA